CGGGGACCGUGCUGCUCGGAGCCGCCCUGCUGCUCGCAGGAUCUAGUUCAGGAUCAAAAUUAAAAGUUCCUGUGCUGAGUAUAAAUGGCCCACAGCACGUCAUUCAAGCAGGCCAGACUUUAAAUCUCACAUGCAGGGGGGAAAUGGUUCAUUCAUGGUCUUUGCCUGAAACUCUAAGUAAGGAUAGCGAAAGGCUGAAAGUAAUUAAAUAUGACUGUGGAAGAAAUGGGAAGCAGUCUUGUAGUAGUCUGACCUUGAGCAGAACUCAAGCAAGUGACACUGGAAGCUAUAGCUGCAAAUAUCCAACAAGUGCUGUGAAAAAGAAGAAGGAAUCUACUGUCUAUGUAUUUAUUAAUGAUACAGGCAAUCCCUUUGUAGAGAUGCAUAGUGACAUACCUAAAAUAAUACACAUGACCGUGGGAAGAGAAAUGAUCAUUCCAUGCAGAGUUACAGCACCCAACACCGCUGUCACUUUGAAAAAGAUUCCACGAGAAACUCUAAUUCCUGAUGGCAAGACAAUAAUCUGGGACAAUAUGAAAGGUUUCAGGAUACCUAAGGCAACAUACAAAUUCAUAGGGCUUCUGAGCUGUGAGACAACUCUCGGGGGACACAAGUACAGCACGAAGUAUCUAACACACCGAGAAACCAAUACAAUUUUUGACGUCCAGUUAAGCACCCCGCGACUAGUCAAGCUGCUCAAAGGAGACAGCCUGGCCAUUAACUGCACUGUCACGGCAGCCUGGAACACGAGAGUGCAGAUGACGUGGACUUACCCUGGAGAGGCAAGGAAGAGAGGUUCUAUAACCCAACGUAUUGACCAGAAGAACACAGAAGCCAAUAGUUUCUACAGUAUCCUCAUUGUUGAAAGGGUGCGUGAUAUUGAUAGAGGCCAGUAUACCUGUCAUGUGAAGAGUGGGCCAUCAAUCAAAUCUGUUAACACAACAGUCCUUGUUUAUGAUAAAGUGUUCAUUAAUUUGAAACAUCGAAGAAAAACCACGCUGGAGGCUGUAGCUGGAAGAAAAUCCUAUCGUUUGUCAGUGAAAGUGAAGGCAUUUCCCUCACCAGAGGUUUUAUGGUUAAAAGAUGGGCUACCUGCCGCUGAAAAAUGUGCCCGGUACAUGGUAAAAGACUAUUCGUUAAUCAUCAAGGAUGUUGCUGAAGAAGAUGCUGGGAACUACACUAUAAUAUUGAGCAUACGGCAGUGGAACCUGUCCAAGAAUCUUACUGUCACUCUUAGAGUAAAUGUGAAACCUCAGAUAUAUGAAAAUGCUGUGUCAUCAUUCCCUGAUCCAAAUCCGUAUUUACUGGGCAGCAAUCAAGUGCUGACAUGCACCAUCUAUGGUAUUCCUCAGCCUAAAAUCACAUGGAUGUGGUAUCCCUGUAAACAAAACCAUUCUAAAGCAAGGCAUGGCUUUUGCUCUUAUACGGAAGGAUCUUUCACCUUGAAAGCUGGCAGCAUCCUAGGAAACAGAAUCCAGAGCAUCACAGAAAGAACGGCAGUAAUAGAGGGCAAAAAUAAGACCGCUAGCACUCUGGUUGUAGCUGAUGCCAAAUCUUCCGGAAUCUACAGCUGCGUGGCAGCCAAUAAAGUGGGGAGAGCUGAAAGAAACAUGAGCUUUAUUGUGACAGAUGUACCAAAUGGAUUCCAUAUUAAUUUGGAAAAAAUGCCUAUCGAAGGAGAGAAUUUGAUAUUGUCCUGUUCAGCCAACAAAUUCCUGUAUAAAGACAUUGCCUGGAUUUUACCGAGGACAGCAAAUAACCAAACGAAGACAAAGAAGUCUCUCAAUAAGGAGCACUCCGUCACCCUCACACUAACCAUCAAGAACGUUUCCCUGGCGCACUCAGGCACCUAUGCGUGCAGAGCGAGGAACAUAAACACGGGCAAAGAGGUGCUUCAAAAGAAAGACGUUACAAUCAGAGCUCAAGAAGCACCAGCCCUGCUGCGGCACCUUACGGAUCAGACGGUGAACACCAGUAACUCAGCAAUGUUGGAGUGCCAGGUUAAAGGCAUCCCAGAGCCGCAGAUAUCCUGGUUUAAAAACCAUGAAGAAAUACACGAAGAAUCAGGAAUAAUUUUAGGGCCCGGAAGUCGAAUGCUGUUUAUUGAAAGAAUAAAAGAGGAGGAUGAAGGACUUUACCAGUGCAUAGCCACCAACUUAAAAGGGUCUGUGGAGAGUGCAGCAUAUGUCACAGUACAAGGCACGUCGGAGAGGUCAAACCUGGAGCUGAUAACACUGACCUGUACCUGUGUGGCUGCGACGCUCUUCUGGCUCCUGCUGACUCUCUUCAUACGCAAGCUGAAGAGGCCUUAUUCUUCUGAARUUAAGACCAAUUACUUGUCCAUCAUAAUGGAUCCUGAUGAAGUCCCCUUGGAUGAACAAUGUGAACGUCUGCCUUACGAUGCCAGCAAAUGGGAGAUUGCCAGGGAAAGGCUCAAACUAGGAAAGUCACUUGGACAUGGAGCUUUUGGAAAGGUGGUACAAGCAUCUGCUUUUGGAAUUAAGAAAUCACCAACUUGCAGAAUAGUUGCAGUGAAAAUGCUGAAAGAAGGGGCCACAGCAAGUGAGUACAAAGCUCUGAUGACUGAACUGAAGAUCCUGAUCCACAUCGGUCAUCAUCUCAAUAUUGUGAAUUUGUUGGGAGCUUGCACAAAAAAUGGAGGGCCUUUGAUGGUGAUUGUUGAAUACUGCAAGUAUGGGAAUUUAUCAAACUACCUGAAAAGCAAGAGGAAUUUUUUCUGCUCCAGCAAGGACUCUGUGCAAAUAGAGCAAAUGAAAAAGGAUGUGGAGCUGGUAGAAGGCAAAAAACAAAGGUUGGGCAGUGUCACCAGCAGUGAGAGCGUCGCAAGCUCGGGCUUUCAGGAAGAUAAAAGCCUGAGCGAUGUGGAGGAGGACGAGGAGGACUCCAACGAGUUCUACAAGCUGCCCCUCACCAUGGAAGACCUGAUUUCUUACAGCUUUCAGGUGGCCAGAGGCAUGGAGUUCUUGUCCUCCAGAAAGUGUAUUCAUCGUGACCUGGCAGCCAGAAACAUCCUUUUAUCUGAGAACAAUGUAGUGAAGAUCUGUGAUUUUGGCCUCGCAAGAGAUAUUUAUAAGAAUCCUGAUUAUGUGAGAAAAGGAGACGCUCGGCUUCCUCUCAAGUGGAUGGCUCCAGAAUCCAUAUUUGAUAAAAUCUACAAUACAAAAAGCGAUGUGUGGUCAUAUGGGGUAUUGCUGUGGGAGAUAUUCUCCUUGGGUGCCUCCCCUUACCCCGGAGUCCAGAUAGACGAGGAUUUCUGCAGCAGGCUCAAAGAAGGCACGCGGAUGCGGGCGCCGGAGCAAGCCACAGAAGAAAUCUACCAAAUCAUGCUGGACUGCUGGCGAAGCGAUCCCAAUGAGCGACCGCGGUUCUCCGAACUGGUGACAAAGCUGGGGGACCUGCUCCAAGCAAGCGUGCAACAGGAAGGCAAAGACUACAUACCCCUGAACACCAUAUUUACAAGUGAAAGCGUGUUUCCGCCUGCGCCUGUUUCUUUGUGCAACGAAAACACAUCUGUUACAAGCUCAAACUGUGGAAGCACUGAAAAUGUCAGAUACAUAAACACUUUCAAACUAAAACCACCGCAGCGCAUAAAGACAUUUGAAGAGCUUCCCAUCAAGGAAACAUUUGCAUUUGAUGAUUACCAGGCAGACAGUGGGAUGGUGCUGGCCUCAGAGGAACUGAAACGCUUCACAUGGACAGACAGCAAACAGAGACGGACGCUCUUCGGCGUGAAGGGUGCCAGCAGGAGCAAGGAGUCGGUGCUCUGGGMGGCAGCUAAGCCGAGGAGCUUCUGCGGCUUCAGCUGCGACCAGCUCAGCGACUCCAAGCAACGAGGCUCCCGCAGCAGCGCGGUGCUGGAGAAGAUGAAAACGCGGCCCUCGCCUCCUCCCGACUACAGCUCCGUGCUCCUGUACGCUCAGCCACCCGUCUAGGUAGGCCAGGAGAGAUGCACUSAAGUGAAUUCUUCUUUUUCUAAACCCCUGCCAGUUUAAACAUUUUGACUUGAGUAAUUCUUAGCGACCCUACUAUUAAAAAACUGCCCUUGGCUUCGUCUCAAGUGACCUGCUUUUCCACCAACUGCAAGAAACGUAUACAAAAUAUAGUAAGAUACUAACGCUUAGGCCCCGGCUUUCCCAGCACUGACGCCAACAGCUGCCACUAAAAGCGCCCGAUACUUAAACUAGAAGGUCACCAUUUCAGACAAAACCAGUUCAGUGGUUGGUGCCUGGCACCAGGGUUAUUAUUUCUACAGUCUUUAAUGCUACAGUAACUCAGCCUCUGUUCAGAUGUUCUGCUCAGGAACACCCUGGAAUUUGCCCCCAUAACUUGGGCCUACAGGGAGGCCACUUGCGUAGUGCUGGAAAAUAAAGGACUGUUGGG